CGUUACAGCCGGCAUAGAAGAGGCUGCUCCCCCCAGGGCUGCCACAGUGCGGAUGCUGCCCCCCUGACCGCCCACUGCACCGGGACCCAGGAGCCUCGCCGAGCCGGGAGCACCGCAGGGCAGCCGCCUCCUGCCUGGAGUGUCCCAUGGAGCAGGGUGGAGGCGCGGGUGGUGCCGACAGCGGGGGGGCUGGAGGGGCAGCUCCCCCCGAACCCGAGGGCAGCGCAGCGCCUGCAGCUCCCCAGGCUGCCCAGCCCCAAGCGGGGACAGCCCCAGCCGCCACCGUGGCACAGGACACAGGCACGGAUGGGCCUAGGCAGGAGAAGGCUGGAGGAGGGACGGCAGCAGAGCAGGAGACAGCCCUGGCUGCUCCAGAGCUCCGGGAUGGACGGGGAGCAGCUCCAGGAGAGAAGGAUUCAGCGGUGCAGCGUGAUGGAGGACAGGCAGCAUCUGAUGAAGGGCAGGCAGCAUCCACCAGGGAGAAGGUGCCGGCUGCCACUGGGGCCCAGGGUGUAGGGAAGGAUGAGAAAGAGAAGCCUGGGAAGAAGAAAGCUCCAGCUGCAGGGGAGGUCAAAGGAGAAAAGGCUUCGGCUGCUGCAAAGGCUAAGGAUGGAGGGAAGGAUGAGCCCAUGGAAGGGAAAGACCUGGCUGUAACUGAGGCACAGGAUGGAGGAAAGGAUAUGCCCAAGAAGGAGGAAGCACCUGGUGGGUCAGGGGCUGAGAGUGGUGGAAAAGCAGAGUCCACUGAGGAGAAGGCUCAGGCUGCAGCAAACUCUGAAGGAGGGAAGGCAAAACCUGUGGAGGAGACAGCCUUGGCUGCAGCUCAGGCUCAGGAUGGAGGCAAAGGAGAGCUUGCAAAGGAAAAAAUCACAGCAAAACAGGAGGUCCCAGCCACUGCUAAAGCUCUGGAUGAAGGGAAGCAAGAUGCAAAGGCAGAGCAAGCCCCAGCUGAUACCAAGCCAUCAAAGGAGAAAACCACAGCUUCUGCAGAGGAGAAGGCCCCGAAUACUGCAAAGGCUCAGAGUGGGAAGAAUAAAGUGGUAAAGGCAGAAAAAGCCCCAGCAGUUAAAAAGGCCCCAGAUGGAGGAAAAGAAGAGCCCUCAAAGGAGAAGUCUCCAGCUCCGGUGAAGGAGAAAGCCCCAGCUUCAGUGAAGGAGAAAGGCAUAACUCCUGCAAAGGAGAAAGCCCCAGAUGCUGCUAAGGCUCAGGAUGGAGAGAAGGCAGCAGCAAAGGCAGAGAAAACACCAGCUGAAAAAAUGGCUCAAGCUGGAGGCAGGAAAGAGCCUACAAAGGAGAAGUCCCCAGCAGCUAUGAAGGUGCAGGAGGGAGGGAAGAAAACUGCAAAGGUGGAAAAACCCACAAUUGCAUCAAAGGCUGGGGAUGAAGGGAAAGAUUCUAAAAAGGAGAAGGUCCCGGCUACUGCAAAGGCUCAGGAUGGAGGGAAGAAAGCUGCAGAGGUGGAGCCUCCCACACCUGGAGCAGAGGCUGGGGAUGGGGCUGCGGAGCCCAUGGAGGCAGCGGCCAUGGCUGUGGUGAAGGCUCAGGGUGAAGAGGAGGAAGUGUCCAAGGUGACAAAGGGACAGCCACCAACGGUCCCCGAGCCCCCACGCCCGGCUCUGCUGCAGAGCCUGAGCUGCCCGGCUGCCUGCCACAGGGAGGAGCAGCCCUGGGCAGAGAUGGAGACAAUAGAAGAGGAGACCACGAUGGUGGAGCCAAAAGAGGGUCCGACAGAGCCUGGCCCUGGCCCACCAGUCCUGGGGGACCUGCAGCCCCAGGAACCCCCCGGCAUCCCUCAGGAGAGGACAUUGCCCAGUGCCACAGGACAGCCCCCCAAUCCUGCUGGGGUGGCAGAGCAGCCUGGACCUGGGGUGGAACCAUCUUUGACAGAAGCAAAGCCACCCCCCAGCCCCUACCUCACCCCCGAUUUUGGGAAGGAAGACCCUUUUGAGAUAUUGGACGAUGUCCCUCCGCCGCCAGCGCCCUUCGCCCAUCGCACGGUCACCCUGCGCUCCGCCAGCGUCAGCCCCCAGUUCAGCCUCAGCUCCAAGGAGAUCCUGGGGGGGGGCAAGUUUGGUGAAGUUCACACAUGCACAGAGAAGGAGACAGGGCUCAAGCUGGCAGCCAAAGUGAUCCGGAAGCAGGGAGCAAAGGACAAGGAGAUGGUGCUGCUGGAGAUCGAUGUGAUGAACCAGCUGAACCACCACAAUCUCAUCCAGCUCUAUGAUGCCAUCGAAACUCCCCGGGAGAUCAUCCUCUUCAUGGAAUUUGUGGAGGGUGGCGAGCUCUUUGAGCGGAUCAUCGAUGACGAUUACCACCUGACCGAGGUGGACUGCAUGGUGUUCGUGCGGCAGAUCUGCGAGGGCAUCCGCUUCAUGCACCACAUGGGCGUCCUCCACCUCGACCUCAAGCCUGAGAACAUCCUCUGUGUGGCUGCCACUGGGCACAUGGUGAAGAUCAUCGACUUUGGGCUGGCUCGAAGGUACAAUCCCAAUGAGAAGCUGAAAGUGAACUUCGGCACCCCUGAAUUCCUGUCCCCUGAGGUGGUCAACUACGAGCAGGUGUCCUACUCCACGGACAUGUGGAGCAUGGGCGUCAUCACUUACAUGCUGCUCAGCGGACUCUCGCCCUUCUUGGGUGACGAUGACACUGAGACACUCAACAACGUCCUGGCUGCCAACUGGUAUUUUGAUGAGGAGACCUUUGAGAGUGUCUCCAAUGAGGCCAAGGACUUCGUCUCCAACCUCAUCAUCAAGGAUAAGAGUGCCCGGAUGAGUGCUGACCAGUGCCUGCAGCAUCCCUGGCUCAAUAACCUGGCAGAAAAGGCCAAACGCUCCAACCGGCGCCUCAAGUCCCAAGUGCUGCUCAAGAAAUAUGUCAUGAGGAGGCGCUGGAAGAAAAAUUUCAUCGGGGUGUGUGCUGCCAACCGCUUCAGGAAGAUCACCAGCUCAGGGUCCCUGACAGCGCUGGGCAUCUGAGCUGGGCUCUCAGGGGAGCCGAGGCCAGAAAGGCACCACUUGAGAGGGACCCCCACCAGUCUGGAGCAGCUCUGUCGAGCAGGUCCCACUGCACUCAGGACCACAUCACUGCUCAGUCUCAGACUGUGAGGCUGCUCCAGAGUGAAGGUUUCUGUUCUCAGCUCUGGCCCUGGCCUGGCUGCAUGAUGCCCGACCUGCAGCAUCUCUGCUCUGCUCAUGCUUCCUUCUCAUGCCCUCGGAGGAACAGCAAGGCCAUUCCGGCGUGAUCCCGCUGCCACGGCCACCUGGUGCUUGCUGCUUUUGGACUCAAAUGUGCCCUCUCUGCCUGUAAAUGCCGCAGCCGUGCCUGCCUUCCCUGCCGCUCGCCCCUGCGCUGCCCGACCUCCCUUCCCAGCUCUGUGGCUCGGCGAUGAUGCUGGAGGGCACCGCGGACCCUCACCCUGGUGCUUUGGCAGCGGAGCCGGGGCUGAAGCACCUCCUCCUGGCCAGCUGGGCAUGUGGGAGCGGAGCUGGCCCCGAGCUGCUGAUCGCACAGGAAGGGAGGAAGCAGCAAGCACGCUUCCAGCGGCGUCCCCAGCUGGGAGCCAACGAGGAAAGAAGGAGGCUUUGUGUUCCUCCUGCCCUCCCUGCCCUUCGGUUCUGCCAGCGGGGGAAAAACACAACCUCUGCUUCACCCGUCCCCGGCAGAUCGCGAUGAGCGAGGCGGGCUAAUGCAGAGCAGCUGGCCCGCGCUCCCCGCUCCGGCCGGCACCGCUCACCCGACCACCAACACAGCGGAACUGCUCCGCCGCUGCGGCCGCCAGCUCCCCGCCCCGUGCGGGGGCUCCGCGGGACCUGCUGGGACCGGGUGAGGGGAGAGGGGUGCUGCUCCAGUUCCCGCGCCUUGUCCCGAUCCCCGUCCUCUCUGCCUGCACCCCUUGGGCCUCCCCGGCGCUGCCAGAGGAUGGGCAUCCCCUGGGAUUCGCAGCGUCCAGCCUUGCCCUCUGCAGGAGAGGAUGGGGGUUGGCAAGAGGUCCCGCAGCUUUGGCUUUUGCCAUGGUUAAGCCCCCACAAGCCACAGCUGUGUGUUUGCCCUGAAGCUGCCUCUGCCCUCUGUGCCUGCUGGAAAAACACUGGGGAGAGACAUGGGGAGACAUUGCCUCUCACCCCACGCUGGCUGCAGCAGGGGAAGGGGCUUCAGGCUUGUCCCCACCAAGCAGGAGCCACGGCUGGUGGGACCCUGCCUCAUAACAGAGCCUUCCACAGCUCUCACCUUCUUGUAAAUAAAUGUACAGGUCUGCCCAGA